AUGAACGCGCAAACAGAGUGGAAGCAGUACUUCAGCAGGGCUCAGAACAAUGGGCAGCUGGCUCCUCGAGACGGACGGGCUGUGGCCGAGAGGCGGCAGUUCUGCCAGUGGCCCUGCAAGUGUCGGGAAAGACUUCCUUGUGCCCCGGGGGUGAGCUCUGUCCUAGACGGGUGCGGCUGCUGCAAGAGCUGUGCCAGGCAGAUCGGAGAGUCGUGCAACGAGAGGGAUGUCUGUGACCCGCACAAGAGCAUGUACUGCGACUUCUCAGCUGACCACCCAAGAUACGAGGUUGGAGUGUGUGCAUACAUGAUGGCCGUGGGCUGUGACCUGAAUGGGGCCCACUAUGAGAACGGAGAAGCUUUCCAGCCCAGCCCACUCUAUAAGUGCACAUGCAUUGCUGGAGCCAUCGGCUGUACCCCUGCUUUCAUCGAGAAGCCUGCCGGUCUCUUAGGCCCUGCCCCGCUGAUGGGCAGCAUGCCAGCCGGCCUUCGCAGUGGCCAGAGCCCAAAGAAGCACCAGCAGGACACUACCUACAUGUCAGCUUACAGGGAUCCUCCUUUAGCCUGGAAGAAGAACUGUCUGAUCCAGACCACCCCCUGGAGCCCCUGCUCCAAAACCUGCGGCCUAGGCAUCUCUGUGCGUGUCAACAACGACAACAGCAAAUGUGAGAUGAGGAAGGACAGACGCCUGUGUCUGCUGCGACCGUGCGAGAAGAGUGUGAUGAAGAGUGUUAAGGUGCCAAAGGGAAAGACGUGCCGGCCUAAAUUCCAAGCAAAGAAAUUGGAGAAGCUGACACUCUCAGGCUGUACUAGUACCAAGAAGUUUAAGCCCACGUACUGCGGUGUCUGCACAGACAAGCGCUGCUGUGUCCCCAACAAGUCACGCAUGAUCAAGGUCAACUUCACGUGCAAGGGAGGCUCCAUAGAGUGGAAGAUGCAGUGGAUAAUGUCAUGCGUGUGCCAGAGGAAGUGCAAUGAUCCAGGUGACAUGUUUUCUGACCUGCGGUUACUCUAAAUGAUCCCUCCAAGAAGUCCAGAGACAGUCACAGGAUACGAGCCCUGCUGUGGCAGACUAAGGACUGAAAGUUAUGCAUACUUAGGUUACUAAGUUCUCCUCACAGUAAAACAAGCUGAAACUGCAAAACCUCAUUUUAUAAGAAUGGCUGAAAUCAUUAAAUAAAUGAAAAUAUAGGUUUUUAGUUAUGAUAAAAGCGUUUAUGAAUCUUACGUGCAAGAACAACAAAGACUGUGGCCAGUGCAGUAGCUGUAACAGCAGAUGUCGACUCAUUAACAGUACCUCACAAUGCUAUGAACAGGGAGCCUAAACAAUGCCAAGUCAGGUCAUACUACAGGUUUAAAUAAACUCUUCCAUUCUUUUUACAAGUUCCUGCUUUUUUUUUGUUGAUAAAUUAGACAAUAUUCAUAUAUAUAAGUUAUAAAAGUAUAGACAAAAGA